AAUAUUUACACAACUAAGGGCAGUGAAGUGAAGAAGUGUUGGUCCAAAAAUUAUUAUUAAAGUUAUGAAAGUUCGAAUGAAAUGCUGCAUGGAACAUGGUGACAACAAUUAAAAUCACUUGCGAUGGCGUCUUCAUCCAAUCCAAUUCAUAUCUCACGCCAACGCAAUCGAACGCAGCGGCAAUCAAAGGAAAGACAAGGGAAACAACAGCUGCGGCAGCACUCGCUGAAUUGGCGGCCAAUACCCUGAGCAACGAGAGUGAUAAUUCACAGACGAGCAGUGGAAGUCAGACCACCGGAGGCAGCAGCACAACAAAUACCAAAAAAUCCGCUCGCACUACUUGCAGUAGGCGUCGAGUAAGUGGAUCGAUUGGUUCGCAGGAUUCACGCCGACGCUAUUAUUAUUUUGGCAGUAAGGAUGUCUACUGGUGCAAACAGAGCUUGACCCGCAGUGCCAGCAGCUUGAGCCACCGCGAGACUCUUGCCACCGCCAGUGCCACAAAUGGACUAGCGGUUGGUGGCCAGCUGAUUGCAAAGGCUCGACGUCGACCACUGCAGCUCUGCAGUAGCUUAAGUGCGUCCUAUGCACCACAAAAGCGCAAGGAGUUUUACUUUUGCGAUAAAUAUGCUCCAACGUCAAGUGGUAGCGGGAGUGCUACCGGGAAAAGAAGCACUGCAUCCUCGACGUCGUCCGAUCAGCCGAUCGAUAUACGUUUGCUGAACUUUUUGCGCAAUGCACAGCGUAAAUUUCAGUCAGUAGCAACGACAACAACUAAGCCAAAGUCUGAUCACAGCAGCGGUAACAACUACAACAACGAAAGCAACACCAAAGAAAGAUCGUCAACCAGAAACCGAAACAGCAGCAUCAAUAACAUGAACAGCAACAGCAGCAGCUCACUCCCGCCUAUAAACAGUACAGAUGAUUGGAUUGACGAAGAAGCCACAGCGAAGGCAACUGAAGCAAAGUCCAAGGAAACCCCAUCAAGGCCAGCAAAGACAAGAACAACAAGAACAAGGACAAAAGCAAUCGGCGAGAGUGGUGCGCUGAUAACCGUGGAAAUUAAGCAGGGGCAACUGCAAGACAAACCACUGCAGUGUCAACAGCAACUACCCCGAGUGAUUGCGGCUGCAAAGCCGUCUAAAAUAACAGCAGAAACCACAACAAACAGAACAGGAGUCGUAGCGGAAACCGUCAGCAAAGCUGCAACUUCAACAGGUGGCAGUUGCAAAGUCGAGGAUAUGAACAGUCACGCGACUGCCACACAGAACGGACAAACAACGGUCGUUGGACAUCAUCGCGGUUUCUCGCAGCCCUCAGUCGCCGCGGCAGCUGCGUCUGGCGGGACAGCUGGUGAUCCAUGGUAUCUGCAGGCCACCGGGCAUCAAAUGCCGCCUACAGCACCCCUACGACACAAUAAACGACCUGCGCCUCAGCCCAAUUCAAUGGGUGUUGGUGUUGGAGUUGGUGUUGGAGUGACAGGCACUUCACUGCUGCAUCAGCAUCAAUUAAGCCAAUCACAGCCGCACAUUGUACCGCCGAGCAUACCACCACAUCACCAUCAUCACACAACCGAUGGGAGGAACGUCGGCGGGCCGUCGGCGGGCGCAACAGCGGCAGCAGCUUUGCAUCUGUCAACGCACGCAUUGAAUAGUCAUAAUUUAAUCAACAACCAUUCGCCAAAAUCGCCCAAUCAAACACAGCAACAGCAGCAGCCGACAACAAUACAUCAGCAACAGCAACAUAGCAUACUGUCAACAUUUGCACCAGCGGGAGCAUCAACGGCAACCGAUCAGUCUGCAUCUGCAUCGAUAUCGGCAACCGCCGCUGCUGUUGCUGCCGUCACACAGCAGCAACAGCAACAACAUAUGCAGCUUCUGGCCAACUGCGCUUCUAGCAAUAAUAUAAUGUCCUCCUCACUUACAUUACACACUGCUCCAGUCGGGGCAUUGCCGCCAAAGAGUUUGGCGCACGGCAACAACAGUGGCACCAGCAGCAGCAGUAGCAACAACAUGUUGCUACAGUCCACACAGCCAACAACUGCCGCGACAAGUGGGAGCAACAUCAAUAAUAAUAACAGCAAUAUUAUUAGCAACAACACUACGACUUCUGGCAUGUCCACCUCUCUUCACAGUUUUGACAUCAACGGCGGCGGGAUGGAGAAAUGGACAAGUAGCUCCACGAUGGCCAUGAAUCAUGCUUCCCUGUCACCCACAAGUGCUCCACAGCAGCAGCAGCAUCACAAUCUGCGUAAAUGCGAAGUCAAACUAAAUGCAAUGCCAUGGUUCCAUGGCAGCAUAACACGUGAUGAAGCGGAGCAUUUGCUGCAGCCACGUGAGGAUGGACUCUUCCUUGUGCGAGAGUCAACAAAUUUUCCCGGUGACUACACGUUGUGCGUCUGCUUUCAGGGCAAAGUCGAGCAUUAUCGUGUCAAAUAUCUAGAGAACAAGUUGACUAUCGACGAUGAGGAAUACUUUGAGAAUCUUGGACAACUUGUUGCCCAUUAUGAAGCAGACGCAGAUGGCCUCUGCACCCAGUUAAUCAAUUGUUUGCCUAAACUUGGAAAACAAGAGUUUUGCAUCAACUCCAAAGAGUUUGUCGACAAGGGUUGGGUCAUACCUGAGUCGGAACUGCAACUAAGAGAGAGUAUUGGAAAGGGCGAGUUUGGUGACGUCAUGUUGGGCAUAUUGCGCAACGAGAAAGUCGCUGUCAAAAUGUUGAAAGAUGAGGGCGCUGUGCAAAAGUUUCUAGCUGAGGCAUCGGUCAUGACUACGCUGGAGCACGAAAAUUUGGUCAAGUUUAUUGGCCUCGUUUUUACCAGCAAGCAUCUGUACUUGGUAACGGAAUACAUGAGCAAAGGAUCGCUGGUUGAUUAUUUGCGUUCGCGUGGACGACAGCACAUAACCAAAAAGGAUCAGAUUAAUUUCGCCUUUGACACCGCCUCUGGCAUGGAAUACCUGGAGGCUAAAAAGGUUGUGCAUCGUGAUUUGGCUGCUCGAAAUGUCCUAAUCUCAGAGGAUUGUGUGGCCAAGGUUUCAGAUUUUGGUCUGGCACGUGAGGAAUGCUAUAAUCUCGAUGUCGGCAAGCUGCCCAUUAAAUGGACCGCACCCGAGGCACUCAAGAAUGGUCGAUUCUCCAACAAAUCAGAUAUGUGGAGCUAUGGCAUACUCCUGUGGGAAAUAUAUUCAUUUGGACGUGUGCCCUAUCCUAGAAUUCCACUGGCGGAUGUUGUGAAGCAUGUCGAAGUUGGAUAUAAAAUGGAAGCGCCUGAGGGUUGUCCAGCAGAAAUUUACGAGAUGAUGCGCCAAGCGUGGGAGUUGAACCCUGCUAAACGGCCUACAUUUGCAGAAUUAAAGGUUAAGCUACAGCUACUGAACAAUGCAACAGCGUGAGAUGAGCAUUAAGCUAAAUAAAUGGCAGAAACUAACGAAAUGAAAAGAUUGUUUAAAAUGACUUGAUUUAACACAGACACUGAACGCAACAAUUUUUCGUACCAAUAAAUAUAUAUAAAAAUUUAUUUAUAUAUAUUUAUUUACAACAAUUUAUUUACAUACAUAAUAUAUGCGAUAAGUUUUUGUAAGCCUAAGCGAAAACCAACACAAUCAAGCAAUGUUAGUGAGAUGCGCCCAGCUAACGAUCUAUAUAAUACAACAUGUAACAAUAUAUACUUAUAUAUAUAUAUAUAUAUAUAUAUAUACAGGUAUAUUUACUGAAAUGCCGCACUGUAUUUCAAAUCGAUUAAUCAAGUGCAAGCUGAAAGGGCAUACGUGUAGUUUACUAUUAUGAUUACAAUUAUCAAUUAUUAUAUACAUACAUACUGUACUAUGCUGUCUGUAGUCUCCCCACUUUACUUCCCUCAUUGUAUAGAUUUAUUUCAUUUUCUCUUUCUCUGAUACAUUAAAUAUAUAUAGGUAUAUAUAUUAAA